AUGGCCGCGUCGCCGCUGCUCCUGGGGGCCCUGCUGGUGACCCUGCUGUGGGUGCCCUCCUCCGUGGCCGCCAACGCCAGCGCCGCCCCGACGGUGGAGGUGACUUUGGGGGUGCUGCUGCCGGAGCGCAACGUGCGCUACCCCUGGGCCUGGCCGCGCGUCCAACCCGCCCUGAGCCUGGCCGUGGAGACGCUGCAGCCCCAGCUGCGCCACCAAGGCCUCGCCCUCCGCACCGCCUUCGCCUCCACCGAGGACGCCAAGGGCGUCUGCGACCUCCAAGUGGCCCUCUCGCAGUUCAUGAAUCUGAGGAGGUCCCACGACCCCGACGUGCUGCUGGGGCCCUGCUGCCACCGGACGAGGUACCUAGUGGCGCCUUAUGCCCAGCACUGGCAGCUGCCGCUCCUUCGAGCCGGCCUCUACGAGGACGAGGAGUGGCAUAGCCCUAACAGCACCAACACGCUGGUGUACGGCGGCCCGACGGGGCCCAACCUCGGAGCCUUCCUGGCCCAGCUGCACCGGCGCUUCAACUGGACCUCCCGCGCCGUCGUGGUCGGCAAUUCCUCCUGGUAUCAUUCGGAAUUCUAUUCCCCCUUAUUGCGCGUGGACACCCCCAACUUCAAUGCCCACGUUCACGACUACGAGGACGAGCCAAACGGGACUGUUCGAUUCAUCCAGGCGCACGGGCGAGUGGUGUACAUCUGUGGGUCCCUGAAUAUGUUGCAGAAGAUUAUGCACUUGGCGCAGGCUCAGAACAUGACCAACGGUGACUACAUCUUCUUCCACCUGGAUAUUUUUGGGGAAACCCUGAGAGAUGAGGGGCACCAUAAGGCAGCCAAGCCCUGGCAGAGCAAGAAGAGCCAAGAUCCCAGAGUCCUCCAAGAGGCCUUCCAGACGGUGCUUGUGGUCACUCCCCAUGAGCCCCAGACCCCCGAAUACCGGCGUUUCCAGAGCCAGCUGUUCCUGCGUGCCCAGAGAGACUUUGGUGUUGCAGUGAAUGACUCUAUGGGGACGCUGGUGGCCGGCUGCUUCCACGACGUGCUGCUGCUGUAUCUCAGGGCCCUGAACGAGACGCUGCAGGAAGGCGAAACCAAGCGGAAUACCAGCCGCAUCCUGGAGAAGAUGAGGGGCCUGGAAAUCCAGGGUGUCACUGGGAUGGUGAGCCUCAAUAGCAAGAAAGAACGAGAGAUGGAUUACAAUUUGUGGGCCAUGAGGGAUGUGAGGAGCGGAGAAUACCAGGUGGUGGCUCAUUACAUGGAAUCAGAGAAGCGAAUCAACUGGCUGGGACCCAUCAAUUGGAAGAAGGGGGGCCCUCCAUUGGACAACCCACCCUGCGUCUUCCACAUGGAAGACCCCUCCUGUGUCUUUCCUUGUGGGCACCAAUAUAAGCGAGUAUAUCGACUAGGUCAAUUAGGACCUGAGGAGAGAGGGAAGGAGAACAUCCAAAGAGAAACACCAAAUGGUUUAAUAGCUAAACUUAAAAAGCAACACCAGAGAGUGCCUUUAACGACAGAAGCCUGA